UCAACCAUGUUUUGACCUGAGAUGUUGUUGGGCAGAUGAUUCAUGGUGCGACCGCGGCUCAUAGGCCUUUUGGCCGCUCAUUUUGCCUCGUCAGAUCUCAGUCGGGUGGAGCGGCUGCGCCGGUUGCUCCACUCAGUGGAGGAGCAGACUUGGCGUGUUCCGCUCUUGGUCAGCUGGUCAGCAGAAGAGGCAGAGGCCGACAAGGCCUAUGGCGUGGCCGGAAAAGCACAAGCCGUCCUUGAUGAGUUCCAAGAGAGGGGUGUCAUCCAUGCAAUGCCUCGCUUGCGUGGCCGGCGCUCGCAAUUCCAGCACUACGCGCGCUUGAGGGAGAGCCUCAGGCGGCAUGUAGGAGAUGAUGCGCCGUGGGUCUUUUUCUCCGACGAUGAUGACCUUUGGCACCCGAAACGUGCGGAGGAAUAUGGUGCUGCGAUUCAGGAGAGGCCAAAUCAAGAACCAGUAGUUCACUCCAGGAUUCACCUGACGCCUGGGCUGGGUCCCCGUUUGCCACUCACUGCCCGUGCUGCGGACGUGACACGGAUGGAGGCAGACGGGUUGCUACGUGUGGCCAUCAGCGCGGAGCAGGAAAAACCAGGACUCUUUGGUACGGCGACGGGCGAAUACUUCGAUGCCGCGGCGGAGUUCCAUGUCUUUGAUGACUUCUUUGAGCGGCACAAUGACCGGGUCAUUGCCAAUCAGUUUGCGGACAUCCGCUUCAGAACUCAUCUCUUGCGUGGUCCUGGCCGUGUGCAUCGGUUUCUUCCGCGAAGCGCAUCCGGCAACAAUCGAGAAGGCCACCUUCCUUGGAUGUAUUUCUAUGAUAGGCCAACGAUGCCUUACAGUACACCGCCUGGGGAGGAGGAUCUGCAAUAUGUCUCCACCGAGUUGCCUGAUCCAAAGCGGAUUGCCGGCAUGCGGCAAACCUUGGACUGCGUGCUUUUUCAGCUGACCCCUACGAAAGGGCCGUUGGAGAUCACCGAGCAGGAGUUUGCUCAAUCCUUGGUUGGCACCUUGAAUGAGGUGACCUCUGCUAGCGUGGCUAUGGCCUUGGACCGUUGCCGGAAGCAUGGAGUGAAAGUUGUGAAAUCCUAGGUGUGGGUCCGCCACGCGAGAUCAAAAGGAGCGCCUUUUGCGGCAUAACUUCUGCGGCUUUAGGGGGAUCAAGCUCCCUGCUUGAUACAGUCAGCAUCGCUUGGAGGUUGGAG